GCUUUUGACUCACCAACUUCUGAACAUCAUGUCUUGAAAAGCCUCGUCUCUCGCCAACUCCGAGCACAGCAGCAAUCACAAUGCCACUCCCACACCCAACCCGGACCGUACCGUCAAAGCCCCAGAACACCCUUCUAGCAGAAAGCGAUGACGACGAUACUACGGGAAGCGAAACAGACGGGGAUGCUGAACACGUCCCUACCCUCCACGCGAUGAACGGAAGGGCAGCGUUCGGAACAAGCACAGGAGACGGACACCGAAGUAGCGGGGAGCAGUUGGAAAAACUUAUAGCCAAGAUGCCGCAGUUUGCAGAGAAGUGGAAAUCGACCCCCAUGAUAAUCGAUCUCGAGUCUGAUGAGUGGGUGGCGGUUACGGAUAGUCCGAUUGCGAGGAGAAGGAUGGGCACAUCGAGUAUUGUUGAUUUGGAGGCGCCGGAGUGGACGGGUGGGACUCCACGGAAGCGUGCCGGCGUGGUGAAGUUGGAAGUGAAGAGGGAGGGUGCGCGGGACGGGGUGGCUGGGAAAUUGAGCUCACAGGGGGAGUCGUCGAUGCCACCGGCGAAGGGUGCAGAGGAACAGACUGGACAGAUGAAGGGUUUGGCGUCAGGGCCUCCAACUGAGGAAAAUCAGCACCGAGUAUCACCUGUACCAUCGCCGUCGGACGAUCGUAUGGAUCCCAACGACUACACGCCUACCAGUUGGAGUGAUAAAAACCGUUACAACCCAGGUUGCGGGACUCUGAACGGGUUCCUAGCCCGAUUUCCAGCAAGCGAGUUUGUCGGUGACUGGCUGUGGGUCGAACACGAUUCACGGGGAAACAGGCCUACACCCGAUAUGGAUAGAUUCUUUGGCACCCUGAAAGCCUCAGUAUCUCAGUACGUCGACCUCUACCGAAAACUAGGCAAACCCGACGCGCCAACGCUCGAAAACGGGAAACGGAUCACCAAGAAAUCCGUCGGCGAGCAAUGCGCCAAAGCCGUGCGCGACCUCGCCAUCUCGUGCAACCACCUCUGCGGAAAAUGGAUGCUCUUCGUCCCGCAAUCGCGUAUCGACGACGUAUGGAAACGCAUUGCCCACGCGGUGGUGCAGGGCAGACUCGGCCCGAUCGCCAAAGUCGGCGCGCCCAACGAGAACGGGGCUAACAACAUCCUGAUCUGCGUGUACGUCCACUCGUUUGCGGAUCUGCAGGAUGUUGAGCGGGUGUUGCGUGAAUUGCAGGAUAUGAAGCUGGCGGCGAGAUACGAUAAGGAUUGGCAGGAGGGGAGGAUGAGGGUGCAUUUCAAGCCGGAUUGUUAUACCGAGGCGGGGAUCUAUAGCAAGCCGGGCAGUGAGGAGUUUAUGCCGCAUAUGAACAUCGAUCCUGUUUUAUACCGCGUGGCGGAUUUCGAGGACACCAGCGGCCAGUCCAAAGUGAACGACUACUUCAAGCCCGCCGAACCGGGGAGUUGGAGCGGAGGUAUCAAGGCGGAGUCACAACCCAGCAAGAAGAAAGCGGAUCCGCAACCCAGUAAGAGAAAGAGCGGAGACGGUGAGGAGAAAACGCCCAAGGCAAGGAAGAAACCCGCUGCUGCUCAAGGGCCGCCUAAUUUGUCUUCGCACUGGGAUUUCUGAGCUUGUCAUCAGUGUACGUACCAGCAUCACAAAUCAUCUGUACGCGUAUAGAGUAGGGAGUCUUGUUUUCAGACGUGUUUCUUGACACGCCGUAUGUGCGACUUGCAAUGUAUAUAUCCCAGCAUAGAUAAGAACUUAUAUGGCAUCUCACCCAAUGCUGAUUGCAUACAUCCAGCAACACCAUUCUCUGGAAUUCCAAUAUCAAUCAUCGGCAAUCACCGUUCUCGAGCGGAAAUAUCAAUACCACACCACUGAUCAAACAGGCAACCAGCGGGGCAGUCGAAUUCACAGCCACGGAACGGUGCAGCGGGAGCUCAGAAGCAAAACCCGGAGCUUCG